AGGCUUCUGUUCCUUCUUCUGCUAAUCAUGGUGUGAAGAGGAAGGAAGUCUUGCAAUAUUUUUGGUGUCUGUUCAGCUAACUGCAAAAACUGGAACCACAGACUAGAUGUCAGACCAGCUUUCUGCUCUACGGCGUGUUUAAAUACCUCCCAGAACAACAGAGUGAGAGAGGAGAGGCCUCACUAUGGAUUUAAGAUCAGCAGCAAGAGGAUUUCUCGCUUUCCUUCUGUCAGUACCAGUUCUUCAGGGUAAUGGUGACUGGAGAGUUACGUACUCAUCUACUAAUGUCUGCGCUUUAAGAGGAGCAAUGGUUGACAUCAACUGCACUUAUGAAUACCACAACAACGUACAGUACCGCCCUACCACAGUCAGAACACUGUGGUUUACUAAAGGAGACAAGUAUCAGCCAGUUGAUUUGCUAAGUGAUUCAGACUAUACAGGUCGUGUUGAAAAUAGCUGUGGAAAGGUCAACUGUACCGGGUCCAGAUGUCAUGGAACAUGUACCCUGAGAAUCAGAGACCUGAGACAGAGUGACUCUGCUGUCUACAAGUUUAGGUUCACAACAAACCAACCAAGUGGCGGAUAUACUGGUGACCCUGGAGUGACGUUAUCUCUAACAGAUCUCCAGGUGAAGGUGUCCUUUCCUGACCCUACCGAUCCUACCUGGACAAAGCUGGAGUGUCACAGUAUGUGUGGUCUAGCUGGUGACCCUCCCUACAUCUGGUUCAGAAAUGGAAAGAAGGGAAGACAGGGAGUGAACUACAAGGGCCACAUUCCGACUGGAGAGAACUAUUCAUGUGCUGUUGAAGGAUACGAACGUCUCAGCUCUCCUUUAGUGUACGCUCCAAAGACCCCCUCAGUGACCAUGAAUCCCUCUGGUGAAAUAAAGGAGGGCAGUUCAGUGACUCUGAGCUGCAGCAGUGAUGCCAACCCAGCAGCUAACUACACCUGGUUCAAGGUUAUAAAAGGUCCUUUCUCCACAAACUUGAACCAGGGACCAAAGCUUGUUUUUAAACAAAUCCUGACGUCAGACUCUGGACAAUACUACUGUCUAGUUCAGACUGAGCUAAGGCAAGCAUCUAACUGGAUCACUAUUCACAUGAAAUAUGGGCCUAAACACACUUCUGUUUGUUCAAAUCCUUCUGGUGAAAUAGAGGAGGGCAGUUCAGUGACUCUGAGCUGCAGCAGUGAUGCCAACCCAGCAGCUACCUACACCUGGUUCAAGGAACAUGAAGACUCAGUGAAGGAAACAGGACAGAACUACACCAUCACUAAUAUCACAUCUGAGCAUGAAGGAAACUAUUACUGCCAAGCCCAUAAUGCAAUCGGACAUCAUGACUCCACCUUUUUAUUCAUUCAAAGUAAUUAUUCAUUUAAAAUACACACACCUCCCUCAAAGUCAAAGGCACCCAGUGAAACAUUCGCCUACUAAUAUUAGAGUUUGUUUUCAGUAUUUGAAAUCAACUGACUAUGUUUCAGUGAUAUCAUCAUCAUCAUCACAUCCAGCAAUGGUAGCUGUAACAACCAUUGCUGUCCUACUGGCCACCAUACUCCUCCUUGUCUUCCUCUGGAUGAG